CCCCCCGAGGGAGGAAGCUGCGCAGGAUCCGAGCCCAGCCCGCCGGGAGACGCCGACGGAGGAGGCGGAGGAUCCGGCAGGAGAAUCCUGUUCUGGAACCCUGAAGGCUGAAUUUUUAGGAUCCCACAUCUAGGAUCUAGCUCGGCUGUUUCAUAAGGACGGAUUUGUUAAGGUUAGCUCAAGAUGGGAGACCAGAGGCAACGCUCAUUGUCUACGUCUGGGGAAUCAUUGUACCAUGUUCUAGGACUGGACAAGAACGCCACCUCAGAUGAUAUUAAAAAGUCAUACAGGAAACUUGCAUUAAAAUAUCACCCUGAUAAGAACCCAGAUAAUCCAGAAGCUGCAGAGAAAUUUAAAGAAAUCAACAAUGCACACGCGAUAUUAACUGAUGCUACAAAACGAAAUAUUUAUGAUAAGUAUGGCUCCUUGGGUCUGUAUGUAGCAGAGCAGUUUGGAGAGGAGAAUGUGAACACGUACUUUGUGCUAUCCAGCUGGUGGGCAAAGGCGCUGUUUGUGUUCUGUGGACUCAUCACAGGCUGCUACUGCUGUUGCUGUCUCUGCUGUUGCUGUAACUGUUGCUGUGGAAAGUGUAAACCGAAACCCCCUGAAGGUGAAGAGCAGGAAUACUAUGUCUCCCCUGAAGACUUGGAGGCGCAGCUACAGUCAGAUGAGAGGGACACCUCAGAUACACCUAUUGUGAUACAGCCAGUCUCAGAGACGACCCAGCUCACAGCGGACUCCCACCCCAGCUACCAUACCGAUGGAUUUAACUAAGUUAAGGAAGCACUGUUAACUAGAAUGGAUAAGAAUAAAUAAUAUGGCCAAUCCAGCACUAGAAUCAUGGACAUUAGAUAAUAGAGUACGGGGAAGGGAGAUGUCCUGCCACAAUUAGAGGGCAGCCUCCAACCUGCUGAGAAUAUUUUGUAAUCCCUUCGCCUUUUGUCACCUUCAGUGUCGUAUCUUGAUGAUACAUGGAUGAUACUGUAGCAUGCAGUAUUUAAAGCAGUUUAGCUUUUGGUCUUAUUUCGUUUCCUUUUUUUAAAAA